GCGAGCUUCCCGGAAGUUGCCUGCGGAAAGCGGACGGAGGGUCGGGUGCGCGCGCACGCCAACCAUACCAAACCAACGGCCCCGCGCAGAGCGUACGAGCGAGCCAGAACGCGCUCGCUCGCUCCACUCUCACCUCACUCUCACUGACAGAGAUAGAGAAAGAAACCGCGGUGGUGGCGGCGGGGCCUACGCGCUCGUGCUCCUGCCGGCCCAUAAAUCCCCCAAAACCCCGGCCAGCCGGCCGCCGGCCGCUCUCGUCUCCUCUAGCUCAGCCAGCGCGCAAAUGCAGCACUUUUGGGGCUGGCUCGCGCACGGCGCCCCCGUCCAGCUCCCGCGGGCCAGCCAUCCCGUCGUGCACCCGGCUCCGCCUCCUGAUCCCGCGCCGCAGCCCCCGGCCCCGGCUGCGGCGGCAGGGGAGCAGGGGCAGGAGGAGGCCCCGGCUCCGGUUGCGGCGGCGCAGGUGGAGGACGCGAACGCGAACGCGCCGCCGCCCGGGGUGGUGAUGGUCGACCUGAUGGGGGCGCCGGGGACGCGCUGGGGGCUCUGCACCCGCCUCGCGCAGGCCUUCCUCGCGGCCGCCGCCGUCGGCUUCAUGGCCUCAACCGACGACUUCAACGAGGUCACCGCCUUCCGCUUCCUGGUAACAGCAGAGGCCUUGCAAUGCCUGUGGAGCCUUGCUCUGGCCGCCGUUGACGUCUACGCACUUCUUGUCAAGCGCGCCUUCCGGACUCCUCGAGCUACCACCAUAUAUUCCAUUGGGGACUGGGUCACAGGAGCACUGACCUUCGCUGCAGCGAGCGGAUCGGCAGGCAUCACCAUUCUCAUUGACGACGACCUGGUGAUGUGCUCGGAGAACCACUGCCCGAGCUUCAUGGCCUCCACCGCCAUGGCUUUCUUCACCUGGUUCGCGAUCGCGCCGUCCUGCCUCUUUAACCUCAUGACGGCGGUCUACCGAGUGCAGAGGGCGUAGUUUGUGGGGCUGUUUGACCAAACUAGGGGGCACAUCUAAUUAUUUAAUUGUAUGUACUUACCACUGAGAUGUGGUGGACGGAUGCCUGUCGAAUAGCAUAUAUUAUCGACAUUUCUGUAGUGGUUAGGGAGUAGCUUUGAUGUUCAGAAGGGUGGUUGUGAAGCUCUGCAUUUUAUUUUCAGCAGCGUAUGCAUGUAUGCCUUCUUAUUAUGUGAGGCUGGGCUGGUGGUUGUGAUCUGGAGAUGAACUAACUAAUGGGCUACUUUGUAGAGCUCAAGGUUGCUGAUGAUAUGCUAUCAUAUCCAAUUCUAUUUCG